AUCGAAGAUCAUCUGCAAGAUUCGCAGUAUCAAGCCACAGCAGUUGAAAGAUGAAUAAAAUCGUUUUCGUAACUCUUUUCUUGACAAGCAUCAUCGCUUUUGCUAACGCUACAGGCGGAUCUCCAUGCGUCUUCGAAGGUCAAACAUAUCAAGACGGAGAAUUCGUCACAUUUAGUCCAUUCAAUGGGUUCGGGUGUAUAAAGGUUAUUUGCAUGGAUGGAAACUUAGCUCAAAAUGGUGAAGUAACUUGCGACGACAUACCUGCAAAUGCUUCUGAAUGUGACGAAGUUCCAGUAGCCGGAGAAUGCUGCCCUAGAUACGAAAACUGUCCAAGUGUCGGUGGACCAGCUAAAAUUUUGAAAUGUGUAGACCUUAUGAAUAAAAUCGUUUUCGUAACUCUUGUCUUGACAAGCAUCAUCGCUUUUGCUAACGCUACAGGCGGAUCUUCAUGCGAAUACCAAGGUCAAACAUAUCAAGACGGAGAUUUCGUCACAUAUAGUCCAUUCGAUGGGUUCGGGUGUCAAGCGUUCUAUUGCGUGGAUGGAAGUUUCGCUUCAAAUGAAGAGAUAGAAUGCGAUGUACCUGCAAAUGCUUCUGAAUGUGAGGAAGUUACAGUAGCUGGACAAUGCUGUCCUAGAUAUGAAAACUGUCCAAGUGUCGGUGGACCAGCUAAAAUUUUGAAAUGUGUAGACCUUGUUUGAAUUAAAAAUUCAUUUUAAAAUUCAAUAAAAGUGAAAAUAUAAAAA